UACAGAGGUUUCCUGCACGCCAACAUAAUUGCCCCGUGCUGUUGUGUUUUACGGAGCCGCUCUCAAAACUUAACUCUACCUUCUUCAUUGAGAAACCUUGGGACAGGCAGGAAUCUGACACAAACCGGAAGUACACCGCCAGUAAGGACGCGAGAGGAAAAACAAACGCAGCAAGUUAGAAAAUCAGGUGUAAAAAAUUUAUUUUGUUACACAUUAUGUGAAUAAGCCAUACACCGUCGUUCCCAGUGCUACGUGUUUUACCGAGCAGUACUACAAUCAGGGGAUGGAGAUACACUGCCAGCCAGAAGACUCUAUGGUCACCUCAUUUGAUGAAGAUUGCGUUGAACUUGGAGAUGUCAAAGACAUGAGAUUGGAGGCAGAAGCAGUGGUUAAUGAUGUACUUUUCGCUGUUGCUGAGAUGCAUGUGUCACAAAGUCUCGACAGUGCAUUGGAUGUCGCCUACAUAAAUGUGGAAACAAGAGAGAGCAAUCGCUACUGCCUUGAGCUCACAGAGGCAGGGCUUAGGGUGGUGGGAUAUGCCUUUGAUCAGGUGAAUGAAGAGUUGAGCUCCCAGUAUCAUGAGACUGUUUACUCACUCCUGGACACCCUGAGUCCGGGGUAUAGAGAGGCCUUUGGGAAUGCUUUGCUCCAGCGGUUGGAGAGGUUAAAACAAAAUGGACAAUGAAGAGAUGUGAUGCUGCAAAAGGUGUAGAAACAAAGCCGGGAUUGAUGAUGGGAUUGUAUUUAGAUGAGCCAAUUGCAUCUUAAUCUUAUCAAGUCUUGUCCACCUGCCCAACUACCACGACAGUUCAGUGGUACCUUGCUCUGUCACCCUUGUUUGGUUGUGAUUUUUCUGUUCUCUGUAUGAUUUCAUGACAAUUAUUUUAGAUUGAUCACCAGGGAUUGGCUAUUUGGAUCUGCUGCAUCAUUGCUGUAAUGACCGGUUUUAAACUUUAGAGAGAUCUUCCUGCUAAUACAUAUGUCACAGACUGUGGCUAGAAAUGUUCUGUAAUGGUUUACCUUUUGUACGCUGUACUGAUUUUAAUGAGAAAGGUCAGUUAAUUUUUUCCCCGGAGAAUCCUGCUUUACCUCUGCUUUACUGAUUGCACUAAAUUUGUCACAUGAGUAAUAUGCGCUCUGUUGUCAUGUACCCAUUAGUGUACUAGUAAAAAAAAAAAAAAUCAGCAGGUGUCUUACCAAGAGCCAAAGAUGGAGACGAGUUGAUUUUGUAGGUUCCUAGUCAAACCCACUAUUUUUAGACAUAAUUCACAUUGCCUUAAAUAUGAACAUGUUAUGCCGUUUGGUUGUAAGUAGUACAAAAGCUAAUUUUUAUUCAACAUGUACUUAGAGGGACCUUAACGUUUUAUUUCAUUUAGUCUCAUUACGAACAAUUACCCAAACAAAAUUCAAGUUGUGUCCCACGAACUCUUGACCUUCUGCUCAUACCCAUGGUUUAGGCCAGUGGUUUUUGGACCAGUCCUUGGGGACUCAGUACUGCUCGUUUUCUACUCUGCCAGGUAGUCUAUUUUUUACUUUUUUCAGAUAUUCCAGCCAACCAAAUGGGUUUUUAGAUCUGGAACAACAGGUGUAUGUGAUUAACUACCUAGCAGAAUAGAAAACCAACAUUACUGUGCUUCAAAAACCACUGGUUUAAGCCUUGUUAGGGUUCAGGUCAACAUGUUUUAAAAUUAUCACUAAUAACCAUACAUUAUUGAGAUGAAGUUGGUAUUUUUAAAUACAUUUUAAACUGUAUUGCUAGAAAAUCCAAGGUGGCCUAGGUCAACAUAACAGGCCAACAGUACAUCCAUUGCCAAUUAGUGAGCAGAACUUGAGGGUUAUGCUUGUGCACAGUUCUUGAGGGGUUGGCAGUUUCCAAUAUAGGCCGAGUUAAAGGGAGGCAGCCCAGCCCCCUUUAAAGUGGCCUGGGCACCACCUUUCAAACUUUGCCUGUCAAAGAAAUAAUGAAACUCAUUGUAGAGGUUUAAGGCAUUCCAUUUGAGUUGGUCUUAAACAGUUCAUUGUCAGAAAGCACAGGAUAUAUUUGAAAUCCAUGGAGUCCCAAGAGCCACUUUUCUAAUGGUCAACUUUGUUGGCACUUGUGACCUGCUCACAAGUUUCGUCGUGUUAUGAAAUGAAUUUUGCAGAAGAAAAAAAAAAGAUAUUGCAUUUAUCCAGCUAUCAUUUGUACCAUUUCUUUGCUGUUGACCUUUGCUCAGACCAAUAAAUUAUCAAAACUACAUGUUACCAUUAUGUUGCAUUUAAGGGAGGA